AUGAGCAGAUAUCGCAGCUUCUCGGGCGCGUUGAUCGACCCGGAGAAGCAGGAUGCGGAACCAGCGCACGACCACUACCUUUCAGAAGACACAUCCGAAGCGUCGGCGUCGAUGAGAUCGUCCACAUACCAGCCGAUGCUCGCUCAAGGUACCACUCGGGCACCCACAUAUGCAUACCAUCUACCGAGGAGGCGCUUCAGCAGAUACUUCACCUUGGGAAUCUCGACGUUAUUGCUCCUCUUCAUCUAUUACCUGGUCCGCUCUAGCUGGGUGAGUCGGGCUGAAGUGCAGCUGGGCUUGACAAGACCCCCUGCGCCUCCGCCGGCAUGGGAAGGCUUUCCCUUUUUGAAACGAUAUCAUGGCGGAAUUAGGACACUGGUAUCUCGGUCUGAGAAUCAGCCAGAGUACCCUGUGGAUGAGGAUCUUGAGGUGCAGCGACUGGCAAUGGAGCAGAAGAAGCAUGCAGAUGCAGCGCUGAAGCAAGAGAAGGGCUUUGAGAGGAGAGAUCUACCAACACCCAAACAGUUUGAUCCAUAUCCCAAGUAUGAAGGGGAUGGCCCGAGGGCAGGAUAUCCAGCACCAAACAAAUGCUAUCUGAACGUCAAGGAGAAGCUGGAGGCACCACAAAUACUUGGAUACGAGGGAGUGACCAAGGGCUUUCCCGACCCGGUUAUGGGCUCGUAUGAGCUUUUCGGACUUCGCAAUGAUGUGUGCUUUGAGCGACAUGGUCGUUUAGGGCCUUAUGGAUUUGGUUACAGCAAGAAGUUUGGCGGCAGCAGCGCCGGCAUGGACGGCGACCGAGAUGGCGCAGAACAUGUAUGGAACGGGCAGCUUGAGGUGGAUUACAGGAACAUCAAGUGGGCUGAGGUACAGCAGCGCUGUAUGGAAGAUAAUGCGCAGAGAUUCAAUCCUGCACCGAAGCAACGUCUGAACCACUUCUUCUCGUCGAUGGCAAGCGGUGGGCCGAAGAAAGAGAAGGAAAGCAUCACCAAAGAGACGGAAACUUCGACGAAGGCUGAAGACAAACACCUGCUGAACCGCACAGCUGUGCUGAUUCGCACUUGGACAGGCUACGAAUACGAUGCCGAAGACAUGUUCUACCUGCGCGCUCUGGUGAAUGAGCUCUCGAUACAAAGUGGUUCAGAGUACGUCAUACAUUUCUUGAUCCAUGUCAAGGAUGACAAUAAACAGAUUUGGGCCGAUGAAGAGAUGUAUCAAAGUGUGCUCGACAGCGCUCUUCCUGAAGAAUUCCGUGGAAUGGGGACGCUUUGGUCGGAGCGACAGAUGGGCCUGAUCUACGGCGGCGUGCCAGAAAGCAUGUACCGCGAUCUACCAGUGCAUGGAGCGUACAGAAGUACAUAUAUGCCUGUACAGUACUUUGCACAUAUGCACCCCGAGUAUGACUUCUUCUGGCAUUGGGAGAUGGACAUCCGAUAUACCGGCCACUUCUAUCACUUGUUCGAACAGGUCUCGCAGUGGGCGAAGAGACAGCCACGCAAAGGUCUUUGGGAACGUAACGGGAGAUUCUACGUCCCAAAAGAGCAUGGUAGCUGGGAAGACUUUCGUCAGAUGGUGCGGGUACAGACUGAACACGGUACCGCUAGCAAAGAGAACAUUUACGCAAAGCUCGCAGCAGAUGCUGGGACGAAGAACCCCAUGGAUGCGGCCACUCACAGCCACGAGACUCCUGUAUGGGGACCACUUCGGCCAGAUGGCGAGGGUGACACCACUGCAGAUCCGGAAAGUGACCCUCUACCUCCAACGACCUAUGACAAGGAUAAUUACGAAUGGGGUGUGGAUGAACAAGCUGAUUUCAUCACUUUCAACCCACUGUUCGAUCCACAUGGGACUAAUUGGAUCCUCGCGGAGGACACGACUGGCUACAACACCACCCUUGGAUACCCACCACGCCGCACCGCCAUAAUUACCGCCUCGCGCCUCAGUCGUCGCCUUUUGGAGACCAUGCACCGAGAGACCGCUCUUCAUCGCCACACCAUGUUUUCGGAAAUGUGGCCUGGAAGUUGUGCAUUGCACCACGGUUACAAAGCAGUGUAUGCGCCGCAUCCAGUCUACAUCGACCGUGCCUGGCCUACCUCGUACCUCGCAGCGGUCUACAACAACGGCCGUAACGGAGCUGCGGGAGGAGCGAGAACCUCCGUAUUCAGCGAUGAGCGCCAGCACAACUUUCUUGGUACGACUUGGUACUAUCAUGCUGGCUUUUCGGCGAACUUAUGGAAACGCUGGCUCGGAUACAAGGUCGACAAUGAUGGCGGAGAGGAAUGGGAGAUGGCGAAUGAGGGACGCAUGUGUCUGCCUGCGAUGCUGCUACAUCCCGUCAAGCAUGUGGAUAUGAUUUACGAGCAUCAGGCUGGGGAAUGA